AUGUUUGAAGAGGCUGCAUCUGUCGUAGGCCCCUCCGGGAUGAGUUAUAUGAACUACGAAAGUCCAAUUCACACUACGGUAGAAGAGCUCGAAGCAGCAGAGGACCGGAUUAUUGAUGUUCAAGUAGACCAUAUGGAACCGUACGACUAUGAGGAAUGUGAUAAGGCAAGGAAGGCCUACAGCUGCAUUAGAGUUAUGUCUUCUAAUAGAUUUCUUCUACAGGGACGAAAUGAAUCGAACUACGAGCGCAGUUCAAUCAGGAAAUAUCGUAUGGUUCGGCGAAAACCAGCAGAAACCUUUUAUUGUCGACCUUGUAUGAAAGAAAUUAAAUAUCCAUCCAAAAUCGCCGAGCACCUGCGGAAACACACUGGUGAGCGUCCCUAUCAGUGUCAGAUAUGUGGCGCUGGUUUCUCACAAGGACAUGUAUUGAAGGUUCAUUUGCGUAGUCAUCACGGUGAACUACCGUACAAGUGCUCGUAUUGCUCUAAUUCGUUUCCAUCGUUGUCUUUGAAGAAGCAACACGAAAAGACCCACUACCAACCGGAUGGUAAAGACGCUACGCAAGAGGAACAAAUGGUGAUCCAAGAAAGUGUCGAACCUGAGGUGAACGGCGAAUCUGCACAUGCUGGCCAAGUCACAGUCGACACCCAUAUCUAUGCAUGUCCUGUACUUGACUGCGGCAUGCAGAGUCAAAACAAAGAAGAGGUAGAGGAGCACAUUGCUGUUGUUCAUGGAGAAAUGCAGGAGUGGAUUGAAGCUGGAGCAGAGACUGCCGUGUAUGGUGACGCUGAAGAAGCCAUUGUUGUGGAUGAAACUGAUGAGGACAGAAAUCAGGCUGUUGAGCCGGAGCAACAGCCUAUUCUUGUAACCGAAGAUCAACAGUACGACUAUUACCCUUAUGAAGAAGCAGGUUGGUAG